AUGGUGCUUCCUAUCCUGGGCGCGCGCUCAGCACCAUGGAUAUCCAAUCUCGUCGCCGUGUCCGUCAUAGCUGUGGUGCUGUUCGUGACAGUACUCGGAUUCUGGGCCUUCCAGCCGCCAAUCCCUCGGCCGGGAUCUCACGGUGGCACGACCGUUCAAGUAACCAUCCCCGUCGAACCCUCCGGUCCCGUCUCCAUACAGGAAGUCCUUCGACUCCUCUAUGCGCCCCUCAAGAUGCAGCCUACCACUCCUUCUUUCACCGAUGACCUCGGACGAUCCUACAAACUCCCAGCGAAACCUCUGUUCCCUAAUCUCCUCGGAAAAGACUUGUUGGUGGUGGACUUGGAGACUCGACCGCUGGACAAGAAUGGUCAGCUCUUGCAUAAAGGAGCAUUCAGGUGGGGCGACCUAGACUAUCUGUCUGGUGGAGUCAUGAACCACUAUACCUACGCAAUGAUCCACGGAUACGACUACAAAUUCGUUCAGGCCGCAAGUUUCGACGACCGCCACAACACCUGGAUAAAACCAAGUGCCCUGGCGAACCUCCUCAAGCACUACAAGUUUGUUGUCUUCCUCGACGCCGAUGCCGCUUUCCACCAAAUGCAGAUGCCCAUGGAAUGGCUCUUAAACUACUGGCAAAUCACCCCCGAGAUCUCCCUCGCCAUGCCUUUGGACCCCUCCGGACCCCCCGGAACCAAUGACGACCGCUUUAAUCGCACCCUCACUAAUACUGGUUUCAUAAUAGCUCAGCAGAGCGAACGGACCCAGGAGAUCCUCAGGGCAUGGCACGAAUGCCCUGACGAUACCCGCUACCCGGACUGCUCGCAGUGGAAACAACCGCGCUUCCACGAGCAGAGUGCCUUCGGAAACUAUAUCCGCUACGACUACGAAGAGAACGUCAAGGAACUGCCCUGCACAGAAGCGAACGGUUACCCAUCCGAGACCGCCCAGUGCGAAGGAAUCUUCAUGCGCCACUACUGGUACGGCAAAGAGCGCGUCCGCGACGACCUAGCAAACUCCACCAUGGAGGCCAUCAUGGCCCCAAUUCAGAAACUUUACAUGGACCACCGCAAAGACAUCAUUACCGAGCAGGCGAAGAACGAAAUCAUCUAA